CCCCCCUCUGGAUUGGAAUAUUGCAGUACAGCAAGACAGAACAGUUCCAUUCAGCACGAAGCCAACAAUCGUACACAACUCAACUGCAAGAUUACCCAGGACAAACCACACCUUCCUCUUCUUUCCCUCCAUCAACCUUGACCUUACUUUCCCACCCACCAUCCAACCAACCGACCACCAAAACUCAAGAUGACUGUCGACAAGGCUUCCACCUGCUGCGGCAAGAGCGCCGAGUGUAUCUGCGCCCAGCAAGCCAAGUGCUCCUGCGGCAAGCAGUCUGCCCUUCACUGCACUUGCAGCAAGGCCUCUACAGAGAACUCCGUCGCCGGCCCGCGCUGUUCGUGCCGCGCCCGCCCGGCCGGUGAUUGCACUUGCGAUCGCGCCUCUAGCGAGAACACCAAGCCUGCCGGCGAGACCUGCGCUUGCGGCGUUCGCCCAGCCAACGCCUGCACGUGUGACAAGGCGUCCGACGGAUCCUACAACCCCAGCGAGCACGAGACCGACUUCACGACCCGUCGAUGAACUAGGUGGCAACAAGACUUCGGCAGUUUUCGUACAAUCAUUCAUCAAGCAUUAGGCGUUGGGCACUAUGGACUUCUUCAAUCAUUCGGCGGCAGGGUUUUCGAUGACGGG